CCAACCCAACCAACUUGUGGUGUUGUGCUUAAAAUCGGCUACUGCUUCCUUCCGUCCUUCCCGUGAGGAAGACUAUCCAGUUGCUACUGCUGCAGUAGGAGGAGCCAAAGAGGAAGAAGAAGAAGAAAAAGGAAUAGGAGGGAGAUCCGUCCCCCCGCCUGAGAAAGAAAGGUUAGUAAGUUUGGAAGCAAGCCAGCAUCCACGUGCUUCACUUUUGCUCACUGUUUUGUUUCUGUUCGUUUGCUUGAUUGUUCGUUUGGGUGGUCGGUAAACCGCCGGCGAAGUAGGAUCGUCGGAGUACCGGCCCAUUGGGUCAACGAGACUAGUUUGCUUUUUCGGAAAAACAAGCAAGGCAAGGAAUGGAAAUCCGUUAUUUUACUCACACCCAAUGAAUUCUACUUUGGGCAUAUUUUUUUUUAUGUUUGAGUUUGACAGGUGGAAUAAUAAGAGGAGGAACGGAACGAAUCUGCGCGCGCCUUUUUUCUCAACUCAACUACUCCCGGCCUUUUCGCGUAAUCCCCAAAUCAAAUUAUUUAUUUUCUUUCUGCUUGGCGAGUUUAUCGGAUCUGGAAAACAAUUCCGUUAAUCGAAUUAUUCUUCUCUUUCUUUUCCCCUUCCAAUUUCCAUCUCUUUUCUCCGCCAUUCCCCCCCAAAAAAAGAAAGCCUCGCCAUUGUUGGAGGUGGAGGUGGAGGGGUGGGAGGAGGAAGGGGAGGAGUCGCCGCCGGUGACCAUGGACAACAUAGCGUCGCAGCUGAAGCGGGGGAUAUCGCGGCAGUUCUCGACGGGCUCGCUGCGUAGGACGUUCAGCCGGCAGCUGUCACGGCAGGCGUCGCUGGAGCCUCGGCGGAACAACAGGCGCUUCAGCUUCGGCCGCCAGUCGUCGCUGGAUCCCAUACGGCGGAGCCCGAUCAAGGAGGAGCUGCUGGCGGUCCCGGAGAACUUGGACUGCACGAUGCAGCUGUUGUUCAUGGCGUCCCGUGGCGACGUGCUUGCGGUCCAAGAUUUGCUGAACCAAGGGAUUGACGUCAACAGCAUCGACCUCGACGGGAGGACCGCGCUCCACAUUGCCGCCUGCGAGGGGCACGCCGAGGUCGUUAAGCUUUUGCUCAGUCGUAGGGCCAAUAUCGACGCUCGCGACCGCUGGGGGAGCACUGCUUGUGCUGAUGCUAAGUUCUACGGGAAUGUAGAAAUUUACAACAUUCUCAAGGCUCGAGGGGCCAAAGUUCCGAAAACCAGGAAGACGCCAAUGGCUGUAGCGAAUCCUCGAGAAGUACCCGAGUAUGAACUUAAUCCCUUAGAACUUCAAGUUCGAAGGUCCGAUGGCAUCACAAAGGCAAGUGGGAACUGAUAUGUCUGUUCAAUGCAUUAGGUGUGAGGAUUCCCUCUCAGUUGUGGUGUGACGUCCCAUCUUUUCUAUGGUACAUAUCAAGUGGCUAAAUGGAAUGGUACAAAGGUUGCUGUAAAGAUACUUGAUAAGGACUGCUAUACUGAUCCUGAAAGCAUAAGCGCAUUCAAACAUGAACUAACCUUACUAGAGAAGGUUCGACAUCCAAACGUGGUUCAGUUUGUUGGAGCGGUUACCCAAAACAUACCAAUGAUGAUUGUUGUAGAGUAUCACCCAAGAGGAGACUUGGGAAGUUAUCUCCAAAAGAAAGGCCGUUUGUCACCAUCCAAAACUCUAAGAUUUGCCCUUGACAUUGCCAGGGGUGUGAACUAUCUUCAUGAAUGUAAACCAGACCCAAUUAUCCACUGCGGUCUAAAGCCAAAAAACAUUAUGCUGGAUAGUGGAGGCCAGUUGAAGGUUGCUGGUUUUGGUUUGAUAAAGCUGUCCCUAAUUUCAGUUGACAAAGCUAAAGUUGCGGCAGGGUCUUCAUUGGACUCCUCAAAUGUAUAUAUGGCGCCUGAAGUUUAUAGAGAUGAAAUUUUCGAUAGAACUGUGGAUGCUUACUCUUUUGGUGUUAUGUUAUAUGAGAUGAUCGAGGGAGCGUACCCAUUCUACCCCAAGCCUCUUGCAGAGGCUGUUAAAUUGAUGGGUGUCGAGACAAAGAGACCGGCGUUUAAGGUCAAGUCCAGACAUUAUCCUCCAGAUAUGAAAGAAUUGAUUGAUGAAUGCUGGCAUCCUGAACCAGUUGCCAGGCCAACGUUUUCUGAGAUAAUCGUGCGACUGGACAGAAUAGUUUCACACUGUUCGAAGCAUGGAUGGUGGAAAGACACUUUUAAGCUUCCCUGGAAAUAAGAGGAGGCAUGGGUUAGUAGGAGGGGACACGGUGAAAGAAAGCAAUGGUGAAUGAGCUGACAUUGAUGGAAAGAAAGGGGGGAAGAAGCUUCAUGUACUACACAAGGCCAUGAUAUGUGUAAGUUCUAGAGAGACGGUGGAUGUUCGAUCCGAGCAAAGAAGCAAGCAAAAGGCGGCGAGAAGACACGUUACACCAAUCUGCUUUUCAAGUUCAAUCUGCAUUCCAUAUGUAUUCAAAAGAUUUGCGUACAUAAAGUACAUCGUUGUGUAAAAAAAGAAGGAAAACAUGGCCGUUGUUGUAAAAUAUGUUCAUUGUGAUUAUAGAAAAAGGUGGUCUUGACGGUGGUAGUGAUAUGUUUGGAGCGGAUUCACUUUCAUUUUUCAGGCAAUCACUAUUUACGAUUAUAGUUGGAGAAUGAUCACACAUGAAAAGUCUAUAAGGUGCUAAGUACAGGAAGAUUCUUCGUCCGUCAAUAAGAUGUGAGAGCCCUCGUCUAGAAUGCUAUACAAUAGCAAGAAAAUUUUAAAAUAUGUAGAUCUU